AUUUAAACAGCGCUUUGUCAACACUCUAUGUCAAACAGCUUUUGUUUAUCGUUUUUGACAGCAGUAAACAGCUGAUUUCAAGUUUUUCAUUUUUUUAAUAAAGUGCAGUAAACAAAUGGUUUACAUUCGUGAAAAAUAAUGCGAAUAUGUAUGGUCACGGAUUUCUUUUAUCCAAGUAUAGGCGGUGUAGAGGAACACGUUUUCAAUUUAUCGCAAAUCUUAUUAACCCACGGUCAUAAAGUCAUUGUGUUAACACACUCGUAUGGCGAUUGCAAAGGCAUUCGUUACUUAACGAAUGGUUUAAAAGUUUAUUAUUUACCAAUUAAGCCAUUUUACAAUCAAUGUAUACUGCCAACAAUACUUUGUCAAAUACCUCUGAUCCGAUGUGUGCUACUAAGGGAAUGUAUAGAAGUUGUGCAUGGACACUCUGCGUUCAGUACAUUGGCACAUGAAGCAAAUAUUAUAGGCAAUAUGCUAGGUUUAAGGACUGUUUUCACGGAUCAUAGCCUCUUCGGCUUUGCUGAUUUGUCGGCCGUUUUCACUAAUAAAAUGUUGCAGAUUAAUUUGGCCAAUGUAAACCACUGCAUCUGUGUCUCUCAUAUUGGUAAAGAAAAUACUGUGUUGCGUGCACGCAUACCGAAAGAGAAUGUUUCGGUCAUACCAAAUGCUGUCGACACUGCCUUAUUUACACCGGAUCCAAGUAAACGGCCCUCAGACGGCAAAAUUAACAUUGUGGUUGCCUCGCGACUUGUGUACCGUAAGGGAAUCGAUUUAUUAGCUGGUGUCAUUCCACGUUUUAGGUAUACGCCUAAUAUAAAUUUUAUAGUAGUAGGUGAUGGACCAAAGCGAGACCUACUCGAAGAGAUACGAGAAAAGGCCAAUAUGCAAGAUCGAGUAGAGUUGAUUGGAGCAGUUGAACAUUCUCAAGUUCGCGACAUUCUUGUACGCGGGCACAUUUUCGUAAAUACAUCGCUUACUGAGGCGUAUUGUAUGGCUAUAGUGGAAGCAGCUUCAUGUGGUUUACAAGUGGUUUCCACUCGUGUGGGUGGUAUACCCGAAGUUUUACCAUCGAAUUUAAUCAUUCUUACGGAUCCUGAAGUCGAUUCCGUUUACCAAGGCGUACUCAAAGCUCUUGACCGAUACACACAGUUUUGCAAAAAACAAAAGCUACACCCAGUCGCAGCAGGCAUUGAAAAGAAUUACAGUAUUUAUAGUAACGGUAUUUCAAACGGAAAUGCUGCAAAUUCUACAAAACCUAGUAAACGGAAGAACAAUAAAAAAUCAACAAAUUCGGUAGUAAAUAUACAAAAGGAACCAAGAAAUAUUGGAGAUUUUGAAAAUCAUGAAGAUGACGCAGUGCUUUGCCCAUAUAAAUGCAAUGAAAUUGUGUCAACGUUGUACAAUUGGGAGAAUGUUACACAGCGCACCGAGAAAGUAUAUAUGCGUAUUUUAGCCGAACCUGAGAAAUCACUUGGCGAUCUACUUUACGGUUACCUACGCAGUAAAGUUUGGCCAUUCCUGCUGGUGAUAUCUAUGGCACAUGUUAUACUCUUGUUUUUGGAAUAUUUACGUCCACGUCGAUAUAUGGAAAAAGCCAAAGAACUGACACUCUUGAGAAAACAGUAAACUAGAUUUAAUUUUGAUUAUGAACAUAUAUGUACAUUUAGUUUAAAUUGAAAUUAUUAUAAUGCAAUAUAUUUUUUUAAGUAAAAACAAA